GGUAAAAAGGCGUGUACAAAUGAUAAUAAAAAAUCGGAAUUAUCUAAAAACUGGCAUCUUCACUCCGAAGCCGUUAAAAAGGACGAAAUCGAAGACGGUUUUCAGUUUUCAGUUGAAGACAACUUGAUUCAGAGCCGAGGUCAUGCCAAAGAAAGGUUUACUGGAGCGCCUUCGAGAUGGCGUUGUGACCGGAGACGGCGGUUACGUCAUGGCGCUGGAAAAACGAGGCUUUGUUAAAGCAGGGAACUGGACUCCAGAGGCCGUUGUGGAGCACCCUGAAGCCGUCAAGCAACUUCAUCGCGAGUUUCUCUUGGCGGGGAGCGAUGUCCUCCAGACCUUCACGUUCUUCUCUACCGACGACGUGCUGGAUUUAAAGAACGGCCAGAAGUUCUCUUGUUCUCAACUAAACGACAAUGCCUGUACACUGGCUCAUGAAGUGGCAGCUGAAGGCGACGCGUUGGUAGCCGGAGGAAUUACACACUGUUAUGCCUACCGUGAAGGAAAAGGGAAGAAGGAAGUACAGGCCGUCAUCAGGACCCAGUUGGAUACGUUAAGGAAGAACAAAGUCGAUUUCCUUAUCGUUGAAUAUUACAUUUACGUCGAGGAAAUUGAAUGGGCGAUCGAGGAAGCGAAGAAGUGCGGGCUGCCCGUGGCGGCGUCCAUGUGCAUCGGCAAGGAGGGCGACCUCACCGGCGUCCCACCGGGGGAGUGUGCCGUCAGGAUGGCCCGCGCAGGCGCUGACGUCGUCGGCGUGAACUGCCUGUUCGACCCCUUGAUGACCAUCGACACCAUCAGGCUCAUGAAGGAGGCCCUCGACGCUCAAGGCCUUCGCCCCUUCCUCAUGACGCAGCCCAACGGAUUCUUCUCGACGGGCACAGACAGAUACGGAUACCUCAGCUGCCCAGAAUAUCCGUUGGCCUUGGAGUCCCGUUCAGUUACGAGAUUCGAUGUGCACAAGUACGCCCGCGCAGCCUACGAGGUGGGCGUGCGUUACAUUGGCGGCUGCUGCGGCUUCGAGCCCUACCACAUCCGCGCCAUCGCCGAAGAAUUGGCCGAAGAGCGGGGGAAACUCCCGGCUUCAAGCGCCAAACACGAGCCUUGGGGCGCAGGCAUCUGGAAUAGCUCAUACGAAUUCAUUAGCGCGAGAGCAAAUAGGGAGCACUGGGAGAACCUGGUCCCUACCACAGGCCGACCGGGUCCCGCCUCGCAUCACUUCAAGAAACUUCAUUGAGGUUACAAGGGUUUCGUUUAGUCUAAUUUCUUCGCUUCUUACGUUAGAGGAAAAACUUCUUGUAAAGAUAAUAAUUGCUUGUUAUGAUUUAUUGCAAUAUAUUUGAACACAUUUCUGAAUGUGUAGUGAUUCAGACGUAUUAUGUAUUACGGAUGUAUUAUGUCAAACAGUCAAUAAAAUCUGGUUUGAAUACCAUGAUUUUGAUCUUCUCGAAGUGUUAUGGUAAGCUUCUAUAUUCUAAUUAUAAAUGGGAUUUAAUAAUUUAUUGUAUGCAGUACAUAAUGCUAUUUUUUGUUAUGAACGUAGCCAAAUAGUGAUAACCAAAUAUGCUUGUCCUGCAUUUGGCCAUAAAGAAAUGAUAUGACCAGCAAACAUUUUUUUUUCUUGUAGUACAUCUUUACAUCUUUACUAAUACAUUGUAUAUUUUACAUUCAGUGUCUUCCACAAUGCAGAUUUCACAGACUUACCAACAAACUUAAUAUAAUACUAAUACACUGAGCAGAAUUUGUCUGCUCUAUUAAGUCCCCCUUGCAGGAAGUUCUCUUAAUACAUGAAAUCAAAGCAAGAGGUACUUUAAGAUCUACAUCCACACUUUGCCUAUCAUAUGCUGACCUUGCUAGGUGAUCAGCAUGAUCAUGCUUCGGGAUUCCAACAUGUGAUUGAUAGACACACAAAAUGGAUAGCAUGGUCCUGUGUUUUAUAAUAUUAGAUGGAAAUUCAUUUCUUAUAAAUCUUCCUUUGCUCAUUGUUGUUGUUGGGGGCCUUAGGAGAUGGAGACUAGGGCCCAAUGUGGCGGUUCAUCCCUACCUUGGACCUCAGCCCUCACCUCACUGUAUUUUAAAUACACUGCUAAUGA